UUUUACCUUCCAUUUAUUUUUUAAUUUAUGUUCAAUAAAAAUUGGAAAUGUUAAAAUGUGCCUUGGAUUUUCAUAUGAUUUCAAAUCAGUAAACAUAUUUUUUUAAUGGAGAUGAUUAAGUGAACAUGUGCUGUAUAAAUACCCAUAUACAUUUUAAAUGUGUCUAAUAUUUUUUACAUUUAUGGUAUUUUUUCCUGAUAGCGGAACCAAGAAAUCUACAGAUCAGUGAUAAACUAAAGAACAUUUAAAAAAACAAUACAAAAGUGUAAGGGUGUUAACCUGCAGCAGGUUUGUGCUCAAUGGCAAAGCCUCUAAAGUCUGCUGACUGUUUGAAAUAUAUGUCUUCAGUUUGUUUUAUAUCUGGUGACGGAGGAUUCAUAGCAGAAUUAUAUUAAUCUUUAACAAACUAUUUAGAAUCCUCUAUUGUCCUGUUUCAUUACAUGAGUGUUAUUUAAAGGGGCCCUGUUGUGCUUUUUGAUGUUUUCUCUUUCCUGUAGUGUGUUAGUAGGUUUUCUUGCAUGUAAAGCAGGGGUGUCCAAACUACGGCCCGGGGGCCAUUUUGAAUAGGCCCUCAGCAAAUUCAAAAAGUAUAAUGACUUGAGUAUAAUAAACUUCUGCUUGUCUUAUAUUGUACUUCUUAAAUAUAUAUGUUCAAAAUAUAUUACACAGUAUUCAUGUGUUAAAAAUACCACUUUUCAAAUAAAUUCAGUCAAUUAAAGUUGAAAACAUGUAAAGCCAAAUAACACAUUUACGUAGCAACCUUGAAAUAUACCCUUCAUAUUUCCUCUUAUAAGCGAUCUGAAGCUUCUGUUUCAAGGAAUGAGCUGCUAACAAGAUAAAUGAAACCCUAUGGAGAGCUGUGAUGUAGGCUGUUUUUUUUCUUACAGCAUUUUCAAGUUUACCUACAUUGGAUUGAUUUUUCCAACUUAUAACUUAACUUAUGAGGCGAUAUACCUCACCUCUGGGAGGGGCCCAUUCCUUCAUAUAUCUUUCUGUAUGUGGCUCCUCAGUUUGGACACCCCUGAUGUAAAGUGUCUGCAAAGGCUAAAAUCCCAAAGUUCAUGCCAGUUAUCUGGGCUGUGGUUUCAGACAGAGGGUGAAAAGAGUGGCUGCAGCCAAAAUACCUUUUUGAACAUUAAAGCAUGUAAACAUGUCACAGUAGAAGCACAAACUUAAAAAACAACUAUAAAAAACAUUAGCAUAAUAGUUCCCCUUAAUUUAUUGACGAUUUCACUUAAUUUGUCACCUAUCUGUAUGCACAAGUAUUUCCUUUACGUUGUUCCUUUUUUCCAGCGUUGCUGUAGUUUUGGAAAGAAAGUCUUAUCAGGUUUGAGUGGAUCACUGAUAAACCUAUUGAAUGUUCCUGCAGCGAACUGCUGAGUAAGGAGCACCUGCUCAACUGCUGUCUCACAUAUUAUUGACAGAUAAGAAAUGUGACAUCAGUUCAGUGCACAUCAGCAUCUAAAACUGGACUCCAUUAAUUCUCAAAAGUGCUGGCGUCUGGGAAAAGGUUUCAUAUUCAUUAUCUACAUGAUCAUGAUAUAUGUAUAACUUAAAUAUCUGUGAUGGUUAAUCGAUGUUUUACUUACAAAUAUAUAACUCUGUACCUGGUAAAAAACGGACUAUUUUAAAUGUCUCUUAAUGUUGAGUUCCCUAUUCUUGAUUUUUCUCUCCUUUUAAAUGUUUUGUGUGUGUUUUCAGUUGUAUUCACACUGCUGCCUACCUUAGCCAGGUCUCCUUGAACACACAUACAAACACAUAUUCACGAGUUCUGAUCUACUCAAUAAAAUGCACAUAAAACAUACAAAUACCUAAUUGCUGAACACAUAACUAGUUUUUUUUUUAAACAGAGUUUAAUCUAUUAGUUCUGAUGUCGUUCAAGGUCUUUUUGUUGCCUGCAGCCAUAUGGCUCUUUCCCAGAACAGUUUUGCAUUUUACCUUCCCGACCUUGAGAAAUGUGCGAAUGUAAAGAGCAUGAGGCGUAUAUAAAGAGUUACAGGCUGAACUUUCUAUGACAUUCAAAAGAUAAGUUACCAUGAAGGCCCUGAUAUUCCUGGCUCUGCUUGGAGCAGUGUGUAAGAGACUUGCCGAUCACUUUUUAUUUCUCUGGUUUUGAUAAAUGAAUAUUUCUGGACCUUAUAGUUUAAAACAAUACUUUUAACAUAUUAAUGGUUUUGUUUAUUUUUGUAUUCAUGUUAAUAAAGUGACCUAAUGUGCUGUUUCAGUUGCUGCUGAGGAGGAGAAGGUUGUUGGCGGGUACGAGUGUCCCAGAAACUCGGUUCCCUACCAGGUGUCUCUGAACGCUGGAUACCACUUCUGCGGAGGAUCCCUCAUCUCCAGCCAGUGGGUGGUGUCUGCUGCUCACUGCUACAUGUCUCGUAUCCAGGUUCGCCUUGGCGAGCACAAUAUCGCUGCGAACGAGGGCACGGAGCAGUGGAUCGAUGGAGUCAAGAUGAUCAAGCACCCACAGUACAACAGCUACAACCUGGACAACGACAUCAUGCUGAUCAAACUGAGCCGCCCCGCCACCCUCAACAGCAACGUCCAGACCGUGGCCCUGCCCAACCGCUGCCCCCAGGCUGACGAGAACUGCAUGGUGUCCGGCUGGGGCAACCUCUCCGCCAACGGAGACAACUUCCCUGACAGGCUGCAGUGUCUGAGGCAGCCCAUCAUCGAUGACAGGAUCUGCAAGAACGCCUACCCCCACCUCCUCACCGACAACAUGCUUUGCUCCGGAUUCAUGAGCGGAGGUGCCAGCAGCUGCCAAGGAGACUCUGGUGGUCCUCUGGUGUGUAACGGUCAGCUGCAGGGGGUCGUGUCCUGGGGUUAUGACUGCGCCAUGCAGGGACAUCCCAGCGUCUACGCCCGAGUGUGCCGCUACAACAGCUGGAUCAGCAGCACCAUGUCCAACAACUAAACACACAGUCGCCCAUACAUCCACAUGCAAGCUGACUUUGUAACACCAUACUGUUGUUAUAUUUGUAUUUUUUUCAUAUACAACUUAUGAAUCACAUGUUAAGGCAUAAUAUUCAAAAGAAUCAGACAAAUAAAAAAUAUUUCAUUAGCAUUCCCCAAAUCUGUUUUGUUUAAUACAUUGAGUUUCAAAGUUAUUGUCAACUAAACAUGCUUUGUGUUUUAACUUAUUUUUAACUUAUUCUGUUCUCUCACAAGGCCACUACUGUCUUGAGAUUCAUUUUUAAACUAUACAUUUUGGCAAAACAGCCAAGUAUAAUAGUUAAUUUGUACUAAUUUUACUAUAGACACAUGCAUGUCUACAAAAUGCUUCCUGCACUCUGGGCAAUGGAGUGAUAUGUGAGACAAGUAACUUGUGUAAAUAAGAAGUAAGGCAUAACUGCAUUUUAUUUGCCUUUGCAUGAGUUUCUUUGAUAGUUAUUUAUAAACGUUGCUGUUUCUUGUUCACUGAGUAAAUCUAAACAUACAGAGGAACAGAUACUGACAGCAGAGGGGAGAGCCAUGCAGCCAUAUUAAACAGGAAAGCAUGCGCAUGGGUCAUAAAUAUAUUUAGGGAUGGCAAGACAGUAUAUAUCAAACUUAAGGACAUAAGUACCAGCAAUAUAUGGCAUAGAUUUGGCCUAAUCGUAAUUAUAAUUUGCAACAAAAAAAAGUGCCCCAAUGAAGGCAUCAUUUGACACCAUGAGUAUAAAUCCCACGUGGUAUAUACUUAUACAGUAUGGACAUGCAUGUACUUAGGUAAGGCUGAAGUAAUCAAUAUUCCCAUUGUUGAUUAAUAAAGAAAUAAUGUUUUUGUUUAACUGUUAA